AUGAAGGCCAUCGACCAAACGGAUCUGCAAAAGGAGUUUGAGUAUUUGGUGCGCUACGGGACCAGUCACCCGAAUAUUGUCAAGACGUAUGGCCUCGUGGAAGAUCCGGUCGAUGGUAAAGGGCUCGUUAUGGAAUAUAUCUCUGGUGGUACCCUCGAUGCGUUGUUCCAAAACAAAGACCUCUCCUACAAGAUUGACCACAUUUGCUCGUGGAUGGCGCAGGUAUCCAGUGCGGUGGCCCACAUGCACGAGCACAACGUCAUUCAUCGCGACCUCAAGCCGAUAAACAUGCUCCUCGACCCCAGCUACACGCACGUGAAAGUUUGCGAUUUUGGCUUCGCCCGUGUGCUCGAUCAGGCGAUGAGCCUACGAACAGGCUCCUGGUUCUGGAUGGCGCCGGAAGUGAUGAUCUCCGGUGAGUACGACUCGAAAUGCGACGUCUUCAGUCUCGGGAUCGUUUUGUGGCAACUUGUGGCCAGGGAAAAGCCGUUCUCCGAGUUGCGCCGCGUCAACGAAAUCGAGUACAUGCAGCUGGUGGGCAAAGAGAAUCGACGACCGCGCAAGUUGAAUUGUAUCACCGAACUCGAGGAGCUGAUGGAGUGGUGCUGGGAUCCAGCUUCACAGACACGCCCCAAUUCGGCCUAUGUUCGGGAUGUUUUUACGGAUUUAUGCAAGAUCUAUCCAGAAGGCCUCAUCCCGCCAAUGGAAAUCAGCGAUUCGGACCGGCUGCAUCCGCCAGUUGGAGCAUUCCUCGGCCAAAACUACCUGGAAACGUCUAUCGCAUGUAAUGAGGAACUUCUCAGCCGAUCUCGAAAGCGCGACUCGGUUAUCGAUUUCUUGAUGUCGUCGAGGAAAACUAUGCAACGGAUGGAACCCCCUGCAGACAUCCCGCGCCUCGAUCGCCCGAUUCUUACGAGCAUCCAACAUGAAAUGAGCAGACACAGUGAGCUGCCGAUGUACGGGGAUCACGAAGUCUUGAUGCCGGCCGUUCCUGAUCAUCUACCACCGAAUGAGCUGGAAGAAUCGUAUAGAACUUCGGAGGAUGCUGAACAAGAAGAAGUUGUUGCCGGAGAAGCCCACAACAACAUCAACACGCUAAGCCCCGAGGCGACGCACGUCCAUUUUGGAUCGACAACCAUUCUAUCGGGGAAAACUCCGCUGGGCAGCCAGACGUCCCUUUAUACGACCCUCGAUCAAUCAAAAUCAUCCGAAAUCUCGAACGGACAUGCGAAUGGGAUUUUCAAAGUUGAAGACCCUGGAACCCGCCCCCAAGACCGUCUCCAAUUUACGACAACCGACAACCAGCAGGUGGAGAUCGAAUUCGACCCGUAUCCCCUCGUUCGGCCGGCCGGAUUGACCACGUCAGCCCCGCAGCUCGGCACGGAAACCCCGGUAGGAUACGCCAACACGCCAUCGCCACGGCACAGUUACAUUUCGCUGGUGACCAGCCCGGGCACGAUGAUACAGGUAACUGGUAAGCCGUUCGACUCGCCUGUCCGCCAGGAAUCCCCAAAAACACCUAGUCCAAUCACGUCAACUGUUGCUCCGAGCAAAAGCUACGCAGAAUUUAGGAAUCAAUCAACAAGCUCCAACGAGACAUCAACUUCCGGCAAAUACCGCAUCGACCCUACGUUCUACACUUAUCGACGCCCGGAGGUUCAAGCAGUUCAGGAAAGACCGGCGCCUCUCACCGUGAAGCCGGUCUUGGUUGUUCCGGUUGUGGAGAAGAAGCCGCUAUCAGCCCAGUCGAGCACCGAAGAAUGGCCUGCCCCGCCAGUUCCGGUGCCCCCGACAACACCAAGCACCCCAUCUACCGUUGCGCUCACUAGGUUCACCGAUUUUGCUGUCAUCGAAAAAGUGCUAAACGAACUGCCCGACGAACCGGAAGCGCAGCCAGAGCCUGAGAAUACGAUGAUAGAAGCAGCCGACGUGGAUAGACUGACCGAAAAGGAACGCAAAAUCUACCUCCAGCAAUUCGAGCAGCCCACAAAUAAGCCGAAUCAACGUAUUCAGAAUCGAAUUCUAAAGUACGAAACCUACACAACACCACCCAGACCAGGAGCCGAGAUCUCAAACAAGAAGGAAACAGAUUCCUACAUCAACCUCACGAAAUCGGUGAAAGUCUCCAGAGAGGGCGGCUAUCGAAGUGUCGCCAACGCCCAAUCUGCAAACCCAUGCAGUUUCGAAAGUGGCGCCAUAGCAUCAAACUGGAGCGUGGCCAACGGAAUCCUCUACGUCAACUUUGUCAAUAAAAAUCUUGCCACCAGCCAAUGGACCGGGCUGGCGUUUGGCGAUUUGACGGGAAACCUAGAAGCCGUCAUUUUCAAGGUGCAAAACUACCAGGGAAUACUUAGCACGGGUCUACUAUCAAAUUCUGGAAGUGUCAUCUCCCUAGACCAACAGCCAGAUGUCGAGCCAAUCUUCUUGAAUUAUAAUAGCAACCGAUUAACGGCCGAAUUUCAACGGCCCGUCACCGCCAGUGGAACGCGAAGCGUUUCCUUAGACAACUGCGUCACCUGGAACUUCAUCUCCGCAUCCCCGAUGAAUGCAGAUGGCAGUUUAGGAGCGGCUGCGGCAGGAAAAUCGACAAGCGUCUGCCCGAAUCAGUGUAAUCAACCCCAAGCCCAAGCAGCCCAAGCCCGAAAUUAUUAUCUAAACCCCGUACCGGAGAGGGCUCUCUACAACAAUCGAGAAAGCUCGCGGUUCAAUGGUCUCUACGAACAGAAUGGCAUCGAAUUGAACCAA